AUGAUUAUGAUUCAAAAUCAUUAUAUUUAUUGUUUUGAUGAAUUGAAAACUGAAUAUAAUAAUUGGAUUAAUGCAGCAAAACUAUUUCCGCAAGGAGACCAUUAUGUUUAUAUUGAUAUAAGAAAUAAUGAAGUCUUUCGGGGUCCACCUAACAAAACAACAAAUACCAAGCAUCCUGGUCCAAGUGAGGAACUACAUAAACGACAACCACAACCACUAAUAAAUCAACUAAUCUUAGCUGGUGAUGGUAUUUUGAAUUUGAAACGUGGGGAUCAUAAAAAUGAUUAUAGUAAAAAUAUGGAAACAGCAAUGUCAGAUAUAGGUGGUCCUGUAUUUCUUUAUACUCCAUGGAAUUUGGAUCUUGUAGAUCUAUUUGGCAUACAAGUUACUUCAAGUCUCGAACUUACUGCUGCUCUAUCAUAUGAAAUUAUUCAGGAUGUAACUGGAUAUACUCUUUAUAAUGGAAAUGAUGAUUAA